AGUAUAUAUUUGUAUGUUCUGAGCACUUUUUUUACAGGGAGAUUUCUUCAUUUCAAGGGGGCAUUUCUACAUGCUCCACCGUGUAACAAAAAUCUCAAAAAACCUUAAUGUAUGUUCUGAGCACUUUUUCACGGUAGUCAAUUUUUUUUUUAGAUGGAAUAAUAUCGCUAACUCAGAUUUAAUGUGUAACAUAAUACGGUGUUAACACAAUACGGUACCUAUAACAAUCUGACUACUAAAAGUAACAAUUUACAAUUUAUUUAUUACUUAUACAUGUUGGCUACACUGAGCUGUAAUUCUUUAGUAACAAAAUUAUUUUUUCUUUACAUUUUAAUAACUAAUUAACCAUCGUUAAACCAAGUUGUGUUUUAUGUUUAUUUUUUCUAUCUCUUAAGAAUAUAUUUUUUAUAGUAAUACAUUUUGAUUUUCAAUGCCAUUUAAAAAAAUGAACUUACAAAAAACUAGCAAUGACAUUUCUUCAUUAGUUUCUUUAGUACGAAACAAAUCAUUCCCAACAUAUCCGGAAUACAUUACAUUUACAUCCAGAUUAAAAACGUAUGAUAUAUUACCAUCAAAAAUACCUCAAAAUAAAUAUUUAUUGGCUGAUUGUGGUUUCAUAUACAGAGGAGUAAAAGACGUUGUAGAAUGUUUUUCCUGCGGACUUGUCUUACACGAUUGGAAAAAAGAUGAUAUACCAUGGAUUGAACACUCGAGACAUAAUCCGGAAUGUGUAUAUGUAUUAUUAUCAAAAGGAAAUCACUUUGUUGAAUAUGUAAAAACCAAAUGCGGAAAAGCUAAAUGUAAUUGUGAAAUUGAAUCAUAUGAUACCACUUGUUUGAUGCAAAUUAAUUUGAAGCAUACUGAAACGGAAAGGGUAAAAUUAUAUUGUUUGAUAGAGAUGGUAAAUUAUGUGCGACUAUAUUUUUUUAUUAUUUGACACCGAAUAUAAUAUUUUUAUAAAUAUGCUAAUUAUUAUAAUGAAAUCACACCGUUCUAAAUCAAAUCAAAAUUAUGAUUAUUAUUUCAUAAGACGGAAAUAAUAUGUAGAUUAUUAUAAUGAGAUCACACCACUCUAAAUCAAACCUAAAUUAUAAUAAUUAUUAUUUCGAAAAGUACCGAGAGUAAAUGUGCCGUAUCAUAUCAUUCACCUCACACUGCUCAGCACAUAGACGACACACGGAAAUUUUUUAAUAUUUCAACUUUUCAAAGAACAUUGUAAGUAUAUAUCAUUAAACGUAAAAUAUAAAAUAGGUAGUUAUAAAUCUAAGUUAACUUUUUUUUUUUUUUUUUUUUUUUUUUUACUUAUAUAAUAUCAACAGUUUUAUCGUAAACAUUGAACAACGGUCUCACAAACUUAUAAUAUAUCAUACCACAUCACGACGCUCAACACAAACACACACGGAAAAAGUUCAUUUUUUUUUUCAAAUAUUUCAACUUCACAAAAUAUCAAUGUAAGUAUAUA